AGACGGUGCUGAUGAGAACCCGGUGGCUUACCUGUCCCUAAACAACAAACCAUCCACAGAAGGUCUGACAGAGAGGGGAAAAAAAAAGACUGAGGCACAGAGAGGAAACGAACCGAGGCAACAUCACUUCACAGCAACCGGAAGGAAAAACACACACACACGCCACUCAGUCUACGUGUGCGGUUGCUCAGUAAGGAAAUGCUCACAGCUGCCUUCAGAAGCAAGUCUGGAAGAGAGAGAAGCACAGGACUGAGCUGCCACCUCCUGCCUGCCUUCCCAGAGGGAGGGCACGGACACCAGGGAGGCCAGAUGACCCAGCAGCAGUGGUUCCGCCCUGGGCUCAGGAAGUUGUGAACUCUUUCACGUCGUACACUGGCCUGAGAACACCGUGUGUUCUUUAAGUAGAGUUAUGAAAACGAAGGACCUGGUCAGCCGGAUAAAACACUGCAGUUGUCCUUUUCAAGACCCAGAGCUCCAGCAUUCCUUGGCUUAACAGAGAGAAGCACCUGGGAAAAUGUGGGCAAGGAAUCUUAUGGCAAGAGCCUUAUACGACAACGUCCCAGAGUGUGCUGAGGAGCUGGCCUUUCGCAAGGGAGACAUCCUGACUGUCAUAGAGCAGAACACAGGAGGGCUGGAAGGAUGGUGGCUCUGCUCCUUACACGGUCGGCAAGGCAUUGUCCCCGGCAACCGGGUGAAGCUUCUGAUUGGCCCUGUGCAGGAGACCUCCUCCAGUCAGGACCAGCCGACUUCUGGACUGAUGCCCCAGGCCUUUGGCCCACAGAAGCUCUAUCAAGUGCCAAACCCACAGGGUGGCCCUCGAGACACCAUCUACCAAGUGCCACCUUCCUACCAAAAUCAGGGAAUUUACCAAGUACCCACUGGCCAUGGUACCCAGGAACAAGAUGUGUAUCAAGUACCACCAUCAGUGCAGAGAGGCAUUGGAGGGGCUAAUGGUCCCCACUUAAGUAAAAAGGUGAUCACGCCAGUGAGGACAGGCAACGGCUACGUGUAUGAGUACCCAUCCCGAUACCAAAAGGACGUCUACGACAUCCCCCCCUCCCACACCGCUCAAGGGGUCUAUGACAUCCCUCCUUCGUCCGUGAAAGGCCCGGUGUUUUCGGUUCCGGUGGGAGAGAGAAACCCUCAGGGGGUCUAUGACAUCCCUCCUACCAAAGGGGUCUACGCCAGCCCACCCUCCGCUUGCCGAGACGAAGCAGGGCUGAGGGAGAAAGAGUAUGAUUUCCCCCCUCCGAUGAGGCACCCUGGGAAGCCGGACGCCAGACCCGAGGGCGUUUAUGACAUCCCCCCACCCAGCACCAAGCCCGUGGGGAAGGACCUUCACCUGAAAUAUAACUGUGACGCCCCGGGAGCUGCCGACCUGGCGCUGCGAAGACAGCAAAGCAUCUCCCUGAGCCACCCGCCCCCGCAGCUGGGACCGCCCGUGGGCGCCCAGAACGACGCCUACGACAUCCCCCGGGGCGUUCAGUUUCUCGAGCCGCCUGCAGAGACUAGCGAGAAAGCAAACCUGGAAGAAAGAGACGGGCUCGGUGUUUACGACGUCCCGCUGCACAACCCGCCGGAGGCCAAAGGCGCGCAGGACGUGGUCGACGGCAUCAACCGCUUAUCCUUCUCCAGCACCGGCAGCACCAGGAGUAACAUGUCCACAUCUUCCACCACCUCGAAGGAAUCCUCCUUGUCGGCCUCCCCAUCUCAGGACAAAAGGCUCUUCCUGGAUCCGGACACAGCCAUCGAGAGACUCCAUUGGCUCCAGCAGACCCUGGAGCUGGGGGUCUCCGGCCUCACGGCGCUGGUCACCACCGACUGGCGAUGCUACGGGUACAUGGAGCGGCACCUCAACGAGAUCCGCGCGGCCGUGGACAAGGUGGAGCUGUGCCUGAGGGACUACCUCCACUUUGCCAAGGGAGCUGUGGCAAACGCUUCCUGCCUCCCGGAUCUCACCCUCCACAACAAGAUGAAGCGGGAGCUCCAGAGAGUGGACGACUCCCACCAGAUUCUGAGCCAGACCAGCCAUAACUUAAAUGAGUGCAGCUGGUCCCUGAAUAUCCUGGCCACCAACAAGCUCCAGAACAAGUGUGAUGACCUGGACCGGUUUGUGAUGGUGGCAAAGACAGUGCCGGAUGAUGCCAAGCAGCUCACCACGACCAUCAACACCAACACAGAGGCCCUCUUCAGACCUGGCCCCGGCAGCUCGCAUGGGAAGAAUGGGCCUGAGAACAUCAUGAACUCCACCGAGUACCCACAUGCUGGAUCCCAGAUGCAGCUGCUGCAUCCUGGGGACCACAAGGCCCAAGACCUCAACAAGCCAUUGCCCCCCAGCCUGGGCAAGGACCAGCCCCCUGACUGCAGCAGCAGUGAUGGCUCUGAAAGGAGCUGGAUGGAUGAUUAUGACUACGUCCACCUACAGGGUAAAGAGGAGUUUGAAAGGCAGCAGAAAGAGCUGCUGGAGAAGGAAAACAUCAUCAAACAGAACAAGAUGCAGCUGGAGCACCAUCAGCUGAGUCAGUUCCAGUUGCUGGAACAAGAAAUUACAAAGCCGGUGGAGAACGACAUCUCCAAGUGGAAGCCCUCCCAGAGCCUGCCGACCCCCAGCGGCGGCGUGGGCGCCCAGGACAGGCAGCUGCUCUGCUUCUACUACGACCAGUGUGAGACCCACUACAUCUCCCUGCUCAACGCCAUCGACGCGCUCUUCAGCUGCGUCAGCUCGGCGCAGCCCCCGCGGAUCUUCGUGGCGCACAGCAAGUUUGUCAUCCUCAGUGCGCACAAGCUGGUGUUCAUCGGAGACACGCUGACCAGGCAGGUGGCUGCCCAGGACGUUCGCAACAAAGUGAUGAACUCCAGCAACCAGCUGUGCGAGCAGCUCAAGACGAUCGUGCUGGCGACCAAGACGGCGGCGCUGCACUACCCCAGCACCCCGGCGCUGCAGGAGAUGGUCCACCACGUGACCGACCUGUCCCGGAACGCGCAGCUCUUCAAGCGCUCCCUGCUGGAGAUGGCCACCUUCUGAGAAGGGCAGCAGCGGAGGGGGACGCAGGGGUCACGCAGGAAAACUGGAAAUAUGCUCUGGUUUUUGUAAAUCUUAUCUAUUUUUGUAGAUAUUUUAUAUGAAAAUAUUUUAAUGGUUUAAUGGGUUAGAGGACAUUCAGGGAGCUCCCGGGGGACUUCUUUUUUCCUGUGUGGUUCUUGUGUACACACAGAAGCAUCUAAGACAUAAACCGCACAGAAUCUUGUCCGCGGGCGUGUGUCUGACUGCGUACCCGUGUUCGUUUGUAGGUGUUUGAUACAUUCCAUUAAAAAACAUGAAUUAAGAAGCACCUUAGUAAACACCUCCUAAUGCUGCAUUUUUAAAAAAAAAGAAAACGUACCAGCUGGUUGUAACCUUGCUUUGCCUAGACAGCGACCAUUCGGAGCCUGUCAAUGCCAGGUCUGGGAAGCACAGUAAAUUUUCAAGUGUUCACCUCCCAAUAAGGAAGCAUGGAAUGCCUUGUUUUUGUUUUGAAACCCCUUCCAAAAUUGACCGUCUUGAGCACAUUGUGGCAAAAUGCCUCACUUCUGGUUGAAAAAUGCCCUCAGAAAGUUUCAGAAAGAAUAUGUUAAUCCAAACUCUGAUAUGUUAGGUGCUGGAAGAGUGACUGACUGACACUGUAUCUAGAGGCCACGUCUCCAGGUGGGGCUGGAUUGUUUCAACAUGGCGAGGACAAUGUCCCAAUAAAAGGAGAGCACGUGGUUCCCCAGGGCUUUAUGAUCAGCUGCCUCUGUGUGUGAUUUGGCCGUGAAGUUUUCCAGAGGAUGAUUUUAGAUUUGUAAAAACUGUAUUAUUUGCAGCAGGAAUUCAUAAAGACACAUCAGACUAUUAUCAUCCACAAAAAAGAGGGAUGGUUUCAUCUGCUAGUUGUAAGUAGGGGCCUUUCUGACUCUCAAUCUGCACCCAUCACCUGAGGGAAGCUGGCCAGUUCCUUGGCCACCUAAACGUUAACGCCACCAGGCCACAUCCUACUCUAAGAGAAUCACUUGUACCUGCCUUAAAAACAUGCGUGUGCAGACCCAACACUCAGCAGCUGUAUGGAGCCCCUGGAAGUUCCACAGCUCUGCCUGGCCAAUGGACCUGCAUACACAGCCCCCCGCCAUCUCACAGCUUGUCACAGCAGCCAUUCCACAGCCUGGCCUCUCGUAACCUCUGGGGUCGGCCCAGCACAAUCACUCCACAAGCCGUCAGAGUCAUCAUGGGACAAAUGAAACACUUCCUACCUGGUGGGGAAGUGUCUCCACAUUUUACCAAGUCAAGAAGCAUGUUAUCCACAGUGUCUCAGUCCAGUUUUUAUGUAAUGGUUCUUUUCCAGCCAAUUUGGAAACACUUUGAUUUGCAACAUAUGCCUUGACUUACUUAAGCGUUCUUGUUUUAAACAACCAAGUCACGGGAACAGGAAAAGAGGCGAGAGGGAUGUGUGAUCUAAGUGAGAUUUUUUUUAAAAAAAAAUUAGUGAAAUUUAUAGAAGGUGCAUUUCAAAAUAGCCACUAUUGUAGUUCUUAAUGUUCUGCUCUACCAAAAGAGUAAGUUAUAUUGUUCUGUGACAAGUAAGUGUGCAGAGGAAGGCGACUGCUGAAAAUCAACAAAGAGGAGGUGGACAAGUGUCCUUGUAGAUUUCAUUGUACAAUGUGUAUUUCUUAGGGGAAAACAGAUUUGUUCUAAGCUAAGUGGUGACAUUUCACAUUUUCAAAACCAAAAUGUUCAAUCUGUAUUACUCUCGCUCCCACAUUGUAUGUAUUUAAUGAUUUAAAAUCAUUAAAAUUUUAGACAUCCUUUUUCAUA